AUGCUCCGAAGGUUCUCCAAGCACAACGCGAGCGCGACCAGCCGCACGAGCGACAGCGACCGCUGGAAGCAGGACGCCGCCGACGACGAGCGCAUUAGCACCGACUUUGUGCCCAUGACCGACGACGAAGCCACUGCGAUCGGCGACAUCCCCGUCAUGCAGCGCCAAGCGUCGUCCAUGCCGAUGCUCGAGCGUGAAGACUCGUCGGUUCCGUAUUUGAACCGCCAAGCCUCGUCGUCGGUCGUCGCGCUAGACAUGACGGAGCCUGCCCCGAUGUACCGGCACUCGGAGCCCGCCUUUUCAUCGAUGAACGCCGCGCCCAUUCCCCACUGGAGCCCUUCCGCUCGACCCAGACGAGCGCUCAAGAGCCCCGACUCGAGAUUCCGAGGCGAUGCUGACGUUGCAUGA